AUGUUUACCAGAUCUGUUAGAAACUCCUUUGUGAGGGCAGGACCUAUUCGUCUCGGUCCCGUUGUUUCUAAGAGACUGUACAGCCAAGCGCAGAAUGGUGGCAUUAACCAUAAGAGAAUUCUGAUCGGACUUGGUCUAUUGGCUAUUGGAACCACCCUUUACGGGACAACCAACCCUACCAAGACUCCUAUUGCAUUUGUGGAACCAGCCACGGAAAGAGCGUUUAAGGACGGAGACGUCUCUGUGAUUUUUGUUCUCGGAGGUCCAGGAGCUGGAAAAGGUACCCAAUGUGCCAAACUAGUGAGUAAUUACGGAUUUGUUCACCUGUCAGCUGGAGACUUGUUACGUGCAGAACAGAAGAGGGAGGGGUCUAAGUAUGGAGAGAUGAUUUCCCAGUAUAUCAGAGAUGGACUGAUAGUACCUCAAGAGGUCACCAUUGCGCUCUUGGAGCAGGCCAUGAAGGAAAACUUCGAGAAAGGGAAGACACGGUUCUUGAUUGAUGGAUUCCCUCGUAAGAUGGACCAGGCCAAAACUUUUGAGGAAAAAGUCGCAAAGUCCAAGGUGACACUUUUCUUUGAUUGUCCCGAAUCAGUGCUCCUUGAGAGAUUACUUAAAAGAGGACAGACAAGCGGAAGAGAGGAUGAUAAUGCGGAGAGUAUCAAAAAAAGAUUCAAAACAUUCGUGGAAACUUCGAUGCCUGUGGUGGACUAUUUCGGGAAGCAAGGACGCGUUUUGAAGGUAUCUUGUGACCACCCUGUGGAUCAAGUGUAUUCACAGGUUGUGUCGGUGCUAAAAGAGAAGGGGAUCUUUGCCGAUAACGAGACGGAGAAUAAAUAA